AUGGAGCUACAUUCUGUACCUAUCUAUUACCUGCACUACUUCAACAAGUCCAAGAGCUGGAUCAAUGCACUGGAAAUCUGUAAAAGUCGUGGCUCCAACCUGGUUCACAUCACCAACCAGACCGUGCAGGCUGACGUGACCCAGCUCCUGGCCAAUGUGGAGCUGCCAUGUGGGGGGGUGUGGAUUGGUCUGGAGCGGUCCAUCUUUGAGUGGAGCGCCCCCUGGCUGUGGACCAGUGGGGAUGUUGAUAAGGUGGUGAAGUACAGAGAGUGGCACAGCUGCUUCCCCCUCAACCCCAUCAAUUACCACUGUGGUAAGAUGGUCCGGGUUGGUAACGGAGAACUGAAGUGGCUGGAUGCUUCUUGUCAUCAGGAAUUACCCUUCAUCUGUCAAGAUCUCCACUAGAGGGCUCUCCAUGUCAUUAUGGACAGUCUGCAGACAGACACCACACUGAUCUGCCAGAGAGACUACCACCCACCUGAUCUGGAAGGAACCUGC